GUAUAGUUAAAAAAUGGGAGGGCACACUUGAACCGAGCUGCUCUAUGAAGGUAGGCUGCAGCGUGUGUUUAUUGAUGAGAUGAAAAGAAGAUGGAAGUGAGAAAUGAAACAAAGUAAAGGAGCAUAUUAUUAUUAAAGAAAAAUAAUAAUAUCAAAAUUAUAAUAAAUCAUAAUAAAGCCUAUACGCUCUUCGUCGGGGGAAAGCAAGGGGAGCCGCGGAAAACGCUGUCGCCACUUUUGGAAACGCGCUUCGAAGUGCAGAACAACACAGCAUUUGGACUGAGAGGACUGACAGCCUUGCCUAUAGCACCCGGCCUCUGAUCAGCCAUCUCCACCAGCAAACUGAAGCUUGACCCGCACUUCAUCACCAGCCACACAAGCAUCUUCGUAACAGAACGUCAUCUGACUGUGACAUCAGUUGCAAGGGGAUGACCGAGCGCAUUCAUAACAUCAAUCUCCACAACUUCAGCAAUUCUGUACUCGAGACCCUCAAUGAGCAGCGCAACCGUGGGCACUUCUGUGACGUGACUGUUCGGAUCCAUGGAAGUAUGCUGCGAGCUCACCGGUGCGUGCUGGCUGCUGGAAGCCCCUUCUUUCAGGACAAGCUGCUCUUGGGCUACAGCGACAUUGAGAUCCCGUCUGUGGUCUCAGUGCAAUCCAUCCAAAAGCUGAUUGACUUUAUGUACAGUGGGAUUCUACGGGUAUCUCAAUCAGAAGCCCUGCAGAUCCUUACUGCUGCCAGCAUCCUUCAGAUCAAGACCGUUAUUGAUGAGUGCACCCGUAUCGUGUCCCAGAAUGUGGGCCUGCCUGGGCCGGGAGGGUUUCCUGUUAUACCAGGAGACUCUGGUCAGGAAACACCCCGUGGCACACCAGAGUCUGGCACCUCUGGGCCCAGCAGUGACGCAGAGUCAGGUUAUAUGCAAGCAACAUCACAGCAAAGCAUGGAUCGUGCAUACACAUCACUGUACACCUACCCUGGCCUCUCUCUGCAGAACGGCACCCGCGAGCGCCCCCUUUACAUUAACCCUCUGUCAACAAACUACGAUUCAUCUCUCAGCACUCAGAAGGACCAGCAGUCUCAAGAUCCGCCCUGGAUGAACCGCAUCCAGCAGGUUGAUCGCUUCAUCUCCACAGCAGAGUCCACUCACUGCCGCAAGCAAACCCGACCGGUACGCAUACAAACAGGAGAGAUGCACAUAAAGCAGGAGGCUGAAGACGAGUACACCUGCUACGAUAAUUUGGGGGACUGCCAGGACGACACUGACCAUACAGAGGGUGUAGAGAGUGAAUCCAAGGUUGAAAGUUUUGACUCAGGAGUGAGCUCCUCCAUCAGUACUGAGCCAGACGCAAUGGAGCAGCAGCCGUACCAGACGAGCUUUGGGAGUGGUGAAGGACACCAAGGUGAAGGAGCUCCAGUGCAGAUAGAGGUCAAUGACUCGUCCCCGGAGCAAGUGCAAGAAAUAGAGGACGGGGAAACAUCCCACAGCACUAGUGACAGUAGCAUGAUACAGCCCCUGUCCAACUCAGUCAUGUCCCAGUCCCUGCCAAGUGCCCCGCACUACAUGCGCCAGACAGACACACACACCAGCAAUCUGAGGAUGUCGAUCACCGUGACCAGCAAUUCCCAAGUGAUAGGCGCUGCUGGAAGCACCUUCCUUCCCACACUCUUUCCUACACAGCCGGCUAGAGACACACCUUUCCGUUACCUUUCUGCCCAGCAGCAACAGUUUGUGCCAGUGCCGCCUCCUGCAUUGCCAUCAUUCCCAAACCCAAUGUCGGUACCGCAAGGUCAACAGCAACAGGCUGGAGUAGGAAUUGGUCAGGGGGAAAAGAAGCCCUAUGAAUGCACUCUCUGCAGUAAAACCUUUACUGCAAAACAGAACUACGUCAAACACAUGUUUGUUCAUACCGGUGAGAAGCCUCAUCAGUGCAGCAUCUGCUGGCGCUCAUUCUCCCUGAAGGAUUACUUAAUCAAACACAUGGUGACACACACAGGGGUGCGGGCCUACCAGUGCAGCAUCUGCAACAAGCGUUUCACCCAGAAGAGCUCUCUCAAUGUCCACAUGCGGCUGCACCGUGGAGAGAAAUCCUAUGAAUGCUACAUCUGCAAGAAGAAGUUCUCACACAAGACCCUGCUGGAGAGGCACAUGGCCCUGCACAGCACAGGCAGCGCCAUCACGGGGCUGUCGGUGAGCGCAACCACCCCUGGCCCCGUCUCCAUUCCCAUGCCCAUGGCUGUCCCCGAGCCUGGGGCUGGAGUGGUGGCACUCGCCAUGCCAGUGAGUGGAGGUGCUGGAGUAGGGGCUGGGGUUGGAACAGGAGUGGGUGUAGCUGCAGAAGCGAGCUGCCAAGAAGGGACCACCUACGUGUGCUCCGUCUGCCCUGCCAAGUUCGACCAAAUGGAGCACUUCAAUGACCACAUGCGAAUGCAUGUCUCCGAUGGAUAAGUACAAAUAGAUAAACUUCUUUCAAAAAGAAUGACAAACAAAAUGGCACUAGAUUUUCCUUUUCUUAUUUUGAGGUAUGAAGAGUAAUGAGUAUAGACACUGGCACAUUAAGUUUCCCAAAAAAAAAAAAAAAAGAUUUUUUUUUUUUUUUUUUUUUUCUGUUAUUCUAAAAGAAAAAAAAGAUGGUGGCCUUAAGGCUUAGUAGUUUGAUAUUGAUCUACUGGAUGGAUCCUAACUACAGGCCUCUAAAUGUAUGCUUUCCUAAAAAUACUGAUUUAUGUGUUGAACACUACCGAAAGGCCUACGAAAGAAACACAUACACACAAACACACCUGUAGUGUAGACAUGUCUGAGUGCAUAUACAUGUGCAUUUAUGUCGGAGUGUUUGUGUAUUCCCAUGUAUCUGUCUGCGUGUGCAUGCGUGUGUGUGUGUGUGUGUGUGUGUGUGUGUUUGUGUGUGCAUUGCCAUGAAACCUAAAUCAUGGCACUUAUAAAACCAUGCUGACCAGUUUGGAACCUAAAGAUGUCCAAGCUUACUGUGGUAUAAUUUACAACGACAAUAACGAAAAAAAAAAAAAUAUCAUCUGGGGUUGGGCUAAAUAUUCCCUCUAAGAAUACUGAUGGUCACAAGAUUGCCUUCUUAUGUAAAAUAAAAAAAAAUGAGAAUAGUUCAUUUGACACUGGGUUUUAUUUAUUCCCAUGGUAUUAAGGGAUUAUAAUGCAGCUGUUGUCAAGGUACCAAUUUCAAUCAUUUUAUUGAAAUGUAACUUCCUGUCCAUGGUGACUGAGACAAAUAUUUCUCAUCUGUUUUGUAAUUGUCCAUGCAUUUUGACGGUUUACUAAAUUAAGGUGUGUUGACGAGACAGUAUUUGAGCAAAAAUACUUUUCUUGUUUUUCUGAAGUUCGGAGUUUAACUCAUUUGCAUACACUGCCACUAAUAUCUUAAAAGACUGUUAAGGCUAUAUAGUAGACCUCUUCCAUUUCAAAACAUACAAAAAGAGAAGAAGUCUUUUCUUUUUUUGCUGAUGGUUUUUCAUUUAGCCUUUUCCAUUCACAGUUAUGGCAGCCUGGAAUAUGCGACUAAACUCUCUCCUUCACGAUUGCUGCUCCUCAACUUGCACCUGACUGUUAUGGGAAGUCGAUCAAAAAGAGGAUUUAUCACUUAUAUUAUUGUUGUCACUGAGAAGCCCACAUGGGUCUCAUUUGAUAAUCAAAUUAUUAUCCUGGGGGGGGUGGGGGGUGGGUUAGGCAAUUUGUUGAUUGGAAAAGUGUUAAAAGGGGGGAGAAUUUAAUUUAAAUCAAAUUUGAAUCAGAAAUAAAAGCCCCUUUGUACACUGUUCCUUACAAUUGCAAGGCUAUUUCAGCAGUUGGGAGCGACAUGUAAAUGCAUUAGUCAUUAUGUGUCGGCUCUCCCUGAAGGCUCAAAUGGCAGCGCAAUGUUAUGAAAGGAAAUACAGUAUCAAAGCAACACAAGUAGCUCCAUUGAUUGAUACAGUGCUGUUUUCGUGAUAUACCGCAAGUUGCAGAUGGAUUUUCUAUGCGAUAGUAUACAUUCCUGAAUUUUUCUAAAAAAUUAGACACGGCAUGUACAGGCGAGAUUUGGAAAGCUAGUGUGCACAAGUUGUCAUCCACGCAUCACAUCACUUAAGGCUCAUUUCUAAUAUUUGAUAUUUGUUUUGCUUUGCUUUUUUAUCCAAAUUAGGACACUCACUCUCUCUCUCUCUCUUUCUCUCUCUCUCUCACACACACACUCAACUGCCUGCAACUGCAAUCCGAAGGAUUUGCUUGUUUAUGUGAGCGAACACUUUCGUAGUUGUAUUGUUAAAAGAAUAACUAACUGCAUACAGCAGGUCUUAAAAAGGCCACUGCUGUAGUUAAAAAAAAAAGUGCUACUUUGCACAUUUUCUUAAAAUGCCUGUGCUUAAUAUUUAAUCAUUUUUCCUUAAAUGAACUUCUAUGAUUUUCUUUUAUUCAAUUUCAAAGGAAAAAAAAAAAACAACAGCAACAUUUUUUUAAAUCUUGAUAAGUGGACUGCAUUAUUUUCUUGCAUAUAUGUUGCACUGCUUAAACCAAUAAGUGCACUACUGUUAACAGAGAUAUUAUAGUUUUAGAAAAGAUUUUUUUAAUCUAACAUUUGGUUGUAGAGUUCACACGUAGUAGAAUAGCUUUGUUUCGAUUAAUUCAUUAAGUAAUUCAGUGGUUCUUGGCUUUCGUUAUUGCUUGCGGUUACCUACAGUUAAAUAUGCUUGUGGCGUGUUAAUGCAAGCAUUUAUUUUCAUUUAAAUCUGUACCGUUACGUGUGCUCGUCUAUGUUUUCAAUUUUUUUAAUUCAUUUUUUCAGGGGGGGUGGGGGGGGCCCAGUCCCCUGUAAGUUUAUUCAGUUGCAUUUCUUUAGACAAACAGAGCAAAAUUUUCCUGUGGGAACAUCCAAGCCAAACAACAUUUAACAGUAAAACAGCAGUAAUAAUAAACACAGCUCCCACCCAACUCCGUUGGCGGAGUUAAUAAUAGUCACUAUAUUCUCAGUGGCUAUAUAUAUAUUAUAAUACAUUUAUGAUGUGUGUGUGUAUGUGUGUGUGUGUGUGUGUGUGUGUGUGUGUAACAUAAAUGAUAUGUGUGUGUCCUAGAACAACUUUUUGUGUGUUAAAAGGUGCAGAGGGGAUGGAAUGCAGCUUCUUUGAUAUCUGUCUGUCACUUGUGCACAGUUGUGUCCCUUCCUUAGUGAUUGUGUGUGUGUCUGUGAGUGUCUGUGUGUGGUAUAUAGCCUAAUCAAACUGUUGAUAAGUGGAAUAUCUGAACUGUAGGGCUUCCUUUGCAAUAUGCAGCACAGGUACUAUAUGAGACGCGGCUCUCCAAACCUCGCCGGUCUAAUCUGGCAGGCAAACUGCAACGUUUGUGGUGAGGUUUGACUAAAGGUGACUUUGGAGAGGGUUGUGUCGAGCGAUUUGAUGCUAAAUUUCAUGUAACCCGCUACUAGGUUUCAGAUCCGUGUGUAGUCGGUGUGAGGUGAGGUGAUUCAGCUGGAGGGAUUCUGAUUUCUCCUUUAAAAAAGAAAAAGAAAAAAAAAGACUACAAAUGAGAACCACACUGAAAAAAGCAUGAGGUCAGUCCUCAGUAAAAGUAGCACAUUAUUGAACAUUUGAUUGGGCCUGUGUGUGGGUAUGGUGUGCAUAUAAGCCUAAACUGUAUGGUUCCUGUUUGUAGCUGUCGUUGCCAGGAUGGCAAUAUUGCUGCAUGCUAGUGCUAUAUUUGUCUCUACACAGCACGUGGAGGGUAAUCUCAUGCCUUAACAGACAAUGCACUAAAUAGAAUAUGUAAGCAACUGCCAACAUCUCUCUCCAACAGUAUUGCCACAUGUAUGGCACACAGCUCAUGAUGUUGGUGUUUGUUGUCUGUUCAGUACCAAGUUAAACACUGCCAAACAAACAUCAUCACGUCUUUAAAAGCAAAGGCAGAGACAUUAGUUGGAUCGAUUUCAGUGUAACUGUAUGUAAUCAGUAACCUAGCAUUCCUUCAUGACACCGAAAAUUUUACAUAUUUUGUGUAAACACAUAUAUCAAAUGCACUAUUGACUGUAGCUAGAUGAGUACAACCAGCUUUGUGGUAUCUUUGGUCUAAAUAGUAGGUAAAGUAGCUCGAUGUUGGUUUUUUAUUUUUGUUGGUUUCCUUUUUUGGGUUUGUAAUUUCCGAAGUACACAAUCAAUUGUUUUACUAUCCUUUUCCCCCUUUUUUGUGUGUUUUUUGGACAAACAAAAGUAGCCAGUCUCAACAUCGUCUGGAUGAGGGCUUACAACGUGUCCCAUCGUCAGUUGACGUCUUGUAUCAUAAGGUGUUUGAUAGCAGAGCAGGCUCAGAGGGGGAAGUACCAGUGUGUCAUAAGUCAUUAGCAUCACAUGCUCUUCACUGUCCAUAGUUAUAUAUUCCUUAUUAUGCUUCAGCUACUCGUGAUGGUGCUUAAUUCUCUUUUCUCAGUGGUGCAAAAAAAAAAUCGGUUAAAAAUUGUUGAAGCGUUGCAACAGUAUCCAAAAAAUAAGUCCUUUUCUCAACCGUGCUUCUUCUAGUAGUUAGUUUUUGUUUAAAAAAGAAAAAUACAUAAAUAAAGCCUAGACUUUAUGUUUGCCGAGUGUACGCAUUUUUCCAGAACAAAACAUGUUGAAACGUAGAGAAUAGCCUUGAGCCUGCAACUGUUUGUACUGUGUUUCAAAUAUAUUACUGUUCAUGUUUUGUUUAUCUUAGUGUAGAGACAUACGGUCUACAGUACAUUGUUGUCCUUCUUGCAGUAUGUUUAAUUCAUUGUUAUUCUUCUUUAUUUCAGACUUCUUCCUGCUUUUUUCUGGUGAUCAUAGUGGUGUUGUUUAUACAUGCAUAGCUUCACAGGACUGGAUAAAGGUUAGUCAGUUAUUCAGUAAUAUUUCACAAUGUACUAUAUAUAUGCAUAUAUACAUAUAAAUAUAUUCUUUGCGUUGAGAUGAAAACAAGGAAACGGAAAAUAGUAAUGGCGAGGGUUAUGUUGAGAUGUAAAGAACAGGUUCAUUUUUCUUCUGAUAAGCAUGUGUCUCUCUCGCGUGUUCGUCUCUCAGUCUGUCUCCACACGUUCUAAGUCACAUGUCUCGAAAGCAUGAAUAACGUUAGGAAUAGAACACGGAAAAAACACAAAUACCGUUUGUUCAGAUAAUACUUAAACUGCAUUCUUCUUCUUCUUCUUCUUCUUUUUUUUUUCGUCCGUCAACAGAACACAUACGAAUGAAAUAGUCUUACGAAUAUACUAUACAUAUAUACAUAUAUAUAUAUUUAAAUAUCAGCAUCUCCACACAGAUAAUAAAUGCAUUUUUUCAGAUAGUUUGAUACAGACAUGAUUGCAGCGAGAGUAUGGGAUCUAGGGAAUAUGCCUAUCAAGUGCCUAUCAGUACAUACAGCAACUAUACAGAAUAUUCAUAGUUUUUCUCUCCUACAUUGCACAGAUACAGUAUAUACACAAUGGUCUAUUAAAAAUAUACUAUUUAUACUAUUUCUGCUAAAAACCUGGUGAUUGUGAGUGCAUCCUAACAGAACCCUUUAACAUACCUGAAAUGUUCUAUACAUAUACAGUAAAGGCUACAUCUGCAAGCUUUAUUUUUUGACCUUACAUUUAUGCAGUCUGGAGGAUUCAAAGAUGUAAAAUAAAAAUAUACAUUUAUGAGGAUUAUAUAGUAAUUCAUCGUCUGAAAUUGGAAUGGCCAUUUCUUUUUUUUUUUGUCGCCCCGUUGCUCUGAUUGAUAUUGGGGAGUUUUAAUUUCAGUUUUUUUUGCCAUUUGCAAACAAGCCAUAUACUGUACUGUACUGUAUGUUUCUGGGGGGGAAAGGGCAGUGGCACUUAAUGAACAGCAGAGGGAGCCACACGUCAACUGAAAGGGGUGAAGUUAACUUUGACCUGCCAUAACUAAGUCGAAUUCCACAUUGAAUCUUUGGAUAUUUUAGAUUUGCAUUGUGGUGAAUUCGUCACACGAGUAAUUCAAUCUAUAGACUGGCAGAAGUUUUAAAGUACACGAUGUGUCCUUUGACCCUCGGUGACAGGCUCUUCAGGCCGCUGCCCGGCUUCCCCACAAUGAUCGAUAAAGUUUUAUCCGACAGCCUUGUUGUUUAAGUACAGCUUGAAAUUGUAAAGGGCAAGCAACGGGGGGGGGGAAAAAAGAGGUGGUCAUUAAACGUUAGAGUAGAUUUUAUAACGACUACUUGGAGGCAAAAAUGAGAUUGCAAAUUAAAAGUCCUGGCUACAGAUAAACACACACACAUACACACACACGCACACACGCAGAAUUCAAAGGUAUUUUAGGUGGUGAAAACAAAACUAAAAGCAAAAACUGUAGAUGAGAAAACCAUAAAUCAGGUUUCAGGGCUGAGUGGCUGCUGGAUGAAAAGAUUUUUGGGGAUGGCGUAUUUUUCUGUCCCCUGUGGACUAAUUACCACAUUUUUCUCUGUAACCUUCUCCAGCCUAGUUACUGUGCCAAAUUUAGAAGGAAAAAAAAAAAAAAAGGACCACUUUUUUAAUUAUAUCACUAUUGUUAAAUUGGAUAUUUGAGCCAAGCAUGAGAAGAGAAAAUGAAAAAAAGAAAAAAAACAUGUCUUACAAGUUUUAAAAAGAAGUUUUUUCCAAAAAAAAAAAAAAUCACACAAAAGAAAAUGAUUGCCUUUAUUUUGGAUCUUUAAAUCCUCCGUAAGAAAGUAGCCUCGUGUUCAAAUAAAUAGGAGAAAACAGCUAUGAUUAACAGAUACAAUUUUGACGACUCAGUUUCAUAGACCUUUAACGUUAAAAUGGAGCAUUAAUAAUGUAGGCAAUGUGAUACAGCUAGUCCCUGUCAUCCAACUGUCACACUUUGACACACAAACAGCAUCUUAUUCCAGAUUUUUUUUUUUUUUAAUUUUCAGCUUCACACACACACACACACACACACUCAGUGAAGCAGCUGUUCAGAUUUUAAACUAUGACUCAGCUAAACUAAGCUAUAACAACAUCUAGAUGAUAUUCACUAUGUUGCUUUCUCCGAACAUGCAGUGAUUACACUACUCUGAUGAGGUUUUCAGUGAAACUCCUUCAUCAGGUAACUCCCAGCUCUCAGUACAAAUGAAGCAUGCAGUCCCGACUACGCAGUUUUCUUCCUGUUGGGGAACACUUUUGAUUUUGAACAGAACUAUAUUUUGAUCGUCUCAGUAUCAAUGGUUCAGUAUCCCUUCUUUUUUUUUGUUUUUGACUAAAUAUUGAGUCCCUCUUUGUGUCCCUCUUGCUGUAGUCUUUUUAUUAUCAUCAUUAUUAUUAUUAUUAUUAUUAUUAUCAUUAUUUUUGGCUUGAGGACAUUCAAAAUGUGCCGCAGCAAAACUAAAAAUGUGCAUUCCUGUUCAAGUCCAGAACAUUCCAACUCCUAGUCUGGCAUUCAUCUUCCAAACAUAAAUAACCGAAUAUUCACAAAAAGGAAAAUAUUCCAGUCAUUUUAAACAUCUGUUGGAGAUUGAAUUAUUUAGUAGCAAGCAUUGCCCGUCACAUUAAAAUAGACGAAUAUUUAUAUUUCCCCCCUUAAAAAAAAAAGAAAAAGAAAAAAAAUGUUUUUA